AUGCCUAUUGCCAACGGUGACUCACUGGGACGGGCCAUGCCAGCCGAGUUCCAGGACUACACAAAGGCCCUGGAGGUCCUGGAAAACGACUACAGCGCCCGCGAUGGUCUUGAUGUCGAUACGCUCCUUGAUUCCGACAAGCACGGUGCCUUGACCUACAAUGACUUCCUUGUUCUGCCGGGAUAUAUCGGCUUUCCUGCUUCCGAUGUCUCUUUGGACACCCCCGUCACCAAGCGUGUCACAUUGAAGGCUCCCCUUCUGUCGUCACCCAUGGACACUGUCACCGAGCACAACAUGGCCAUUCACAUGGCUCUUUUGGGUGGCUUGGGUGUCAUCCACCACAACUGCGCUCCGGAAGACCAGGCCGAGAUGGUCCGGAAGGUCAAGCGUUACGAGAACGGCUUUAUCUUGGAUCCAGUCGUCCUUUCUCCCAAGACUACUGUCGGAGAAGCAAAGGACCUGAAGGCCAAGUGGGGUUUCGGCGGUUUCCCAGUUACUGAAAAUGGAACUCUCCGCUCGAAACUCGUGGGUAUUGUCACUACUCGUGACAUUCAAUUCCACCCCAACCUCGAUGACUCCGUCACUGCCGUCAUGUCCACCGACCUCGUCACAGCCCCUGCUGGUACCACCUUGGCUGAGGCCAACGAUGUUCUCCGUAGCUCUAAGAAGGGAAAGCUUCCGAUUGUCGAUGAGGGCGGCAACCUCGUUUCCCUUCUCUCCCGGAGCGACUUGAUGAAGAACCUCCAUUACCCCAAUGCUUCUAAGCUGCCUGCCUCCAAGCAGCUGAUCUGCUCUGCCUCUAUCGGAACACGCGAGGAGGACAAGAACAGACUGAAGCUCCUUGUCGAAGCUGGCCUUGACAUUAUUAUCCUUGAUAGCAGUCAAGGUAACAGCAAGUUCCAGAUUGAGAUGAUCAAGUUCGUCAAGCAGACCUACCCUGAAAUCGAUGUCAUCGGCGGAAACGUCGUGACUCGGGACCAAGCCGCCGCUUUGAUCGCUGCUGGUGUCGAUGGCCUGAGAAUUGGCAUGGGCAGCGGCAGUGCUUGUAUCACACAGGAGGUCAUGGCUGUCGGUCGUCCCCAGGCCCUCGCUGUCCGCCGCGUGUCCCACUUUGCCGCCCGCUUCGGUGUUCCCUGUAUCGCCGACGGUGGUAUCGAGAACGUCGGCCACAUCGUCAAGGGUCUCGCCAUGGGUGCCUCGACCGUCAUGAUGGGUGGUCUUCUCGCUGGUACCACCGAGUCUCCCGGUGAAUACUUCGUCAGCAACGAGGGUCAGCUUGUCAAGGCCUACCGUGGCAUGGGCAGUAUCGCCGCCAUGGAGGACAAGAAGGCUGCUGGUACCAAGACGGACAGCAAAGCCAGCAACGCCGGAACUGCCCGGUACUUCUCCGAGAAGGCUGGUGUCCUCGUUGCGCAGGGUGUCGCUGGUUCGGUCCUCGACCGUGGCUCCGUCACCAAGUUCAUUCCCUACCUCGUUGCUGGUGUCCAGCACUCUUUGCAGGAGAUUGGUGUCAAGAGCGUCAACGAGCUUCACGAAGGUGUGGACAAGGGCACCGUCCGGUUUGAGGUCCGCAGCGCUAGUGCCAUGGCCGAGGGUAACAUCCACGGUCUGCACAGCUACGACAAGAAGCUCUACUCAUAA